CGCAAGCAUAACAACCAUUUUUUUCCAAAUGUGCUUUCAGCAGGAGACAGAGCCUGCACUAAGUCCGCUGGCAUUGUUCAUGGGAAAACAACUUCUAAAGGGCAGGAUGUAUUUAUUGCAUUUUCAGUUGGCUAUUACUUAGCAGGAACUUCCUGCAUGAGUCCUAUUUUCCAGAAAUUCCUUCCUUCUUUGCUUUCUCCGCCUCAGAGGUGCAUACAAAGGUGUGGCUGUGGGGUUUUAGUUAUUCAUGGACAGACAGAAGGAUCACUACACACACACACAGACUGGGAUCACUGUACCUGACAGAGACUGAGGAUAUCAAGGUCUGCAUGUGUUUAUAGCAACGUUUCUUGUUAAAACACAUACUGUACAAAGGGAUUGACAAGAAACUUUGUUAGUUAGUGUUUUGGCAAACGUUCAUAAAUAUUCAGUGACCGCUGGAGACAGAGAAACAGGUCAUGUCAACAAACAAUUAAGACAGGAGGACAGUGGGAGGACAAACACAACUGAAUUCAGGAACAUGUCUGUAAGGCAAGUACCCAUCAUGCCCACCAGUACAGUUUGGCACACGCAGGGGACACUAGGUCCCUCUGGUUACAGUGAGUCAGCAGAGAGCCCUGCCGACAACCAACCUGAGUGCUCCAUCUGCUUCAGUAGAUACGACAAUGUCUUCAAGACUCCCAAGCUCCUGGACUGCACUCACACUUUCUGCCUUGAGUGCCUCGCACGCAUCAUGGCCGUGUCAGACGACUUUAAUAAACCGGUAAAGAAGCCAGGGGAACCCGGCACCAGAAUCUCCUGCCCCCUGUGUCGCCACCCCACCGCGGUGCCCAGGAGUGGUCCCCCAGCUCUGCUGACCAGCACGGAGGUUCUGCAAUGCCUGCCGCAACACCUUCAGCAGGAGGAGCAUGUGAGUAUGAUGGGCCGGAGGCUGUGCUACCUGAGUCCGCAGCAGCCCACCCGUAUCUGCAUCGAUAUCGGCGCCAGCAAGCCGGAGACGGCGGGGGAGGCCAGGCAAGAUGGUGCGCAGCAGGCUGGACGGAGGUGUCCGCCUAGCUGCACCGACUGGAGGAGGCUGCUGAUGCUGGUCAUUUUCACACUGUUGCUCAUCGCCGUGGUGGUAUGGCCACUUCACUGCAUUGUUACCAAACACUCUCUCUCUGACUGCUUAACCUGCACCAUGCCACCUACGCAAACACCGAUGACCUCUACGCUCAGCAAGUCACAGUGAGGCAGGGCAGAGACAGACACACGUGCCAAGCGCACUGAGCCCUUCCUGAUAGUGUCAUAGGUCAUAGGACUCACACAAGGACAAAUGGAGACAAUUCCCUGUCAGUCCAUGACAGUUGAUGAUUUUACACAUUAGACACCACAAAGCCACCCACGCAAUGGUGGCACACGUGUUAUAUCUAUGAAGAAAGGUUUGUACCUUACCUGUGUUUGAAGUGACAAAUGUUAUGUUGAAUCCUCCUGUCAGUAAAUAUUGUCAGCAAUCUUUCUUCAAUGAUCUACUGGAUAAACAAGAUUUACAAACUGUACAUUUGUACAGAUUGAAAACUAAUCUGAUACACUGUUGCAACCAUUUUUUAUAUAUAAUUUUGUAAAGAGAAUAUGCAAAAGAACAAAACAAAUAAAAACUGUAAAUAUCA